CACGGAGAACCGAGCAAUGGAGAGAAAGCCUUUGAAAGGUUCAAAGCCAAAUCCAUCAUAAAUUAUGACUCCCACCGGAGCCCAACUCGUAAAGCCACGAGCCGAGCUCUCCUCCCUCCGCGUCGAGCGUAGGGAGGGCAACGGGCGAGAAGAUGUCGAGCGUCGUGCUCUUUGCGCUUCUCUCUCUUCUCUGCCUCUCCACUGUCAAGGCCGAGGACCCGUACCUCUUCUUCACGUGGAACGUCACGUACGGCACCGCCUCGCCUCUCGGCGUCCCUCAGCAGGUCAUCCUCAUCAACGGCCAGUUCCCCGGCCCCAACAUCAACUCCACCACCAACAACAACAUCGUCAUCAACGUCUUCAACCACCUCGACGAGCCCUUCCUCUUCACCUGGAACGGAAUCCAGCACAGGAAGAACUCAUGGCAAGAUGGCAUGCCGGGCACUAACUGCCCUAUUGCUGCUGGCACAAACUACACCUACCACUUCCAGGUGAAGGACCAGAUCGGUAGCUACUUCUACUUCCCCUCCGUCGGCAUGCACAGGGCGGCCGGAGGCUUCGGCGGCCUUCGUGUCAACAGCCGCCUUCUCAUCCCCGUGCCCUUCGAUGACCCUGCUGAUGAUUACACCGUCCUCAUCGGUGACUGGUACACCAAGAGCCACAAGGUCCUCGCCCAGCUCCUCGACGCAGGCCGCAGCAUCGGCAACCCGGCCGGCGUCAUCAUCAAUGGGAGCCCCGGUAAGGACGCCGCCGGCAAAGAUGACGCUCCGCUCUUCACCAUGGAGGCCGGGAAGACGUACCGCUACCGCAUCUGCAAUGUCGGCCUGAAGGUGUCGCUCAACUUCCGGAUUCAGUCCCACCUGAUGAAGCUCGUGGAGAUGGACGGGUCGCACACCGUGCAGAACGACUACAAAUCCCUCGACAUUCACGUCGGGCAGUGUUUCUCGGUGCUCGUCACGGCCAACCAGGAGCCCAAGGACUACUACAUGGUCGCCUCCACCCGCUUCACCAAGUACAUGCGGACCGCGACCGGCAUCAUCCGUUAUGCCGGCUCCAGCGUCCCUCCGUCACCCGAGCUGCCGGCGGGGCCAGUCGGCUGGGCAUGGUCCUUCAACCAGUGGCGGUCCUUCCGGUGGAAUCUCACCGCCAGCGCCGCCCGGCCCAACCCCCAGGGCUCCUACCACUACGGGAGUAUCAACAUCACCCGAACCAUAAAGCUCGCCAGCUCCGUCGGGCUCGUCAACGGGAAGCGCCGCUUCGCGCUCAACGGCGCGUCGCAUGUGGAGUCCCCCACCCCACUCAAGCUCGCCGAGUACUACGGCGUCGCCGACAAGGUGUUCAAGUACGACACCAUCGGCGACGAACCACCGGAAAGCAGUGCCACCAUCACGGUCGCGCCUAACGUCCUCAACGCCACCUUCAGGGACUACAUCGAGAUCAUCCUCGAGAACCCUGAGAGGAGCAUUCAGUCGUACCAUUUGGACGGCUACUCCUUCUUCGCCGUCGGGAUGGGGCAUGGGAAGUGGACGCCGGCAAGCCGGAGGUCGUACAACCUUCUCGACGCAGUGAGCCGGCACACGAUACAGGUGUAUCCGAGGUCAUGGUCGGCGAUCAUGCUGACGUUCGACAACGCGGGGAUGUGGAGUCUGCGGUCGGAGCUGUGGGAGAGGCACUACCUGGGACAGCAGCUCUACAUCAGCGUGGUGUCGCCGGCGAGGUCCCUGAGGGAUGAGUACAACAUCCCGGACAACACGUUGCUCUGCGGUGUGGUUGCCAGCCUCCCGAAGCCGCCACCCUACGUCUAACUGCAGGGACGGGAACAG